ACUCAGUAGGGAUUGGGCUGCCUGGGCGUCACGUGGUCUGCGGCCGCAUGAUGGCGGAUGCUGGAGAAGAUUCCAGAGCGCUCUUCCGGGCUGGCGUCCGCGCGGCGCUGGAGGCCUGGCCGGCCUUGCAGAUCGCUGUGGAGAAUGGCUUUGGGGGCGUGCACAGCCAGGAGAAGGCUGAGUGGCUGGGGGGUGCAGUGGAGGAGUACUUCUUCCGCAAUGCUGACUUGGAGCUAGAUGAGGUGGAGGACUUCCUCGGGGAGCUCAUGACGAAUGAGUUUGAUACAGUUGUGGAGGAUGGAAGUCUGCCCCAGGUGAGCCAGCAGCUGCAGACCAUGUUCUACCACUUCCAGAGGGGUGAUGGGGCUGCUCUGAAGGAGAUGGCCUCCCACAUCACCCAAAGAAAGUGCAAGGUCAGAGCCACUGCACUUACACCAGCCAGAGAGACUGAUGAGGAUGCGGAUGCGGACAGCGUGGAGGAGAUGGAGGUCACAGCCACGAAUGAUGGGGCAGCUACAGAUGGGGUCUGCCCCCAGCCUGAGCCCUCUGGUCCAGACUGCCAGACUAUUAAGGAAGAGGAUAUAGUGGAGGAUGGCUGGACCAUUGUCCGGAGAAAAAAAUGAGUGGGGCUGGAAAUGGUUUGGGCCCUUGUUUACUAAUUGUUUUGAGAUUUGUUUGUAGGGUUUUUUUGGAGGGUUGUGGACCUCCGGAAUGGUUACCUGAUCUCUACCCGCUCCCCAUUCCUCCGUCCAGCUCCCUCCAGGGGAAGAAGAGCCCUAGGGUCCUUGGUCUUGGGGUGGUGAGACCUGGUUCACCACACCCUCUUGGGCCUUACGUUACUAUCUGAGUAAUGAGGCCUGGUUUCCCAGCACAGUGCCUCUUGGGUGCAGUCACUGUGAAGAGGGAGGGAUGAGUGGGUGUGGGUGUGGCUGGAGGAGAAGCUAAAUGCUGGUUGACAGUGGGCAGGUGGAUUUGUGAAGGGAGAGGACCAGCAGGAGAACCAAUACUCAGCAUUAGAGAAACCAGUACUCUUGCUCGAUCAGGAAUGGUGAGAUGAACAUGCAAACGGACGAGAGAUUAAAUAUGUGAACGAAAGUA